AUGCGAUGUCUUGCUGAUAUCCAAGGAGAAUGUGAGAGGGUCAACGAAGAUGAAGAACUGGUCUUCUCUGAAGUGCAGAUCAUGGUGUGGGAGGACAACGUGAACACACCAAUUUACCAUAACACGACGACCUCACAUGCGUUGGACUGCAUUACCGAUGUGGUGGAAGAACAGGCUACGUCGAUCUGGGGUUGCAUUCAAUUGUCGGUGCUCGGGAGUGAGGAACGCGUCGCGAUCGAGGAGGAUCGAAAUCUGGAUCACACUGCGUUGAUGCCCACUGUCCUCGAUCGGUUCCAAUUCUCCUUCUCACUCUGUUCUAUGUCUCCUCUCGGAUGCACUCUCCUCCUGUCAAAUCUGAGAUCUACUCUUGCCUUGGACCCCUGA